UAUCACGCCCGUGAUUUUCUCACAACAUCUGUCAACAUUCACCACAUUACCAGAUUCCUAUCAGAUCCCCAAACUUGAAAUAUGGCAGCAUUUACAGCUGGCGGAACUCCCCCGGUGUUCCGGUAAGUCAUGCUGUGAGGUGGAAAGGAACAAGAAAACAAGUCUAUGGCACCUCGACGUCUCCCACUGAUCUCAGACUUCAGCGGCGGUCGGAACAAUCGAACCAUCUACACCGUCUGCGCCGUCAUUGCUGGGGGCUUGCUCCUCCACCGUUACUACUACGGCUCUUCCGCGGAGAAAGAUGCCCUUCCUUUCCCUUACUCGUCCGAACAACGCUCGGAUAAUAAGAAGAGUGGUGUUGGCUCGUCCGGCGCUUCCGCUAAGAUCGUCAAGUCGCCCUAGCUCGUCGCGAUCUUGGUUGAUAUGGGCAAAAAGUUGAAGCAGUGCUCUGACGGGAUUGGGACACGCGUUGCAACGAUGAUUGAAGUUUGACAUAUCUUGUAAUAUUCACAGUUGAUACCUUGUUUGCUUCGGUACAAUCAACACUGUGCUUGCGUCUAGCCCCAUCGCUCGAUAUGUAGACGAGUGUAUUAUCAGAGGAAUUGGGGGGAA